GGGUUAGAUCUGAAUUUAACAUAAUUUAAAAAAUGAGUUCAGUUCAUGGCCAAGGGAGGAAGACUCCUCAGAAAAGAAAGACAAGAAGCAAUACUUCGAAGAGUAAAAAGGAAAAAGCAAUGGAGAAAUUGGAAGAGUCAAAGGAAGUAAAGAAGACUUCAAUUAGGAAGAGUUCAUACUCAAAACAAGCGAAUACCCCUCAGGUGAAUAGGCUACUAUCCUUCGGGUCUCAGCCCGCUUCCUUCUCCCCAAUGAAGUAUAUUUUCAUUUGCGGAGGAUCCAUUAGUGGGCUUGGUAAAGGAGUUACGGUCAGCAGUAUUGGAGCAGUAUUACAACUACAUGGUUUCUCUGUGACAUCCAUCAAGAUAGACCCCUACCUCAAUGUAGAUGCAGGGACCAUGUCUCCCUUUGAACACGGAGAGGUCUAUGUCCUUGAAGAUGGAGGAGAAGGAGACCUUGACCUCGGAAACUAUGAGAGAUAUCUUGACAUUAACCUUGGCAGUACUCACAACUUGACAACUGGUAAAGUAUACUCCAAAGUUAUUGAAGCUGAAAGAAGAGGAGAUUACUUAGGCAAGACAGUCCAAGUAGUCCCCCACAUCACUAAUGCUAUUAUGGAUUGGAUUAACAUUACUUCAGAAAUCGGAGUUAAAGCACAAGAUAAAAAUGAGCUAGCAGAUAUUUGCUUGGUCGAGGUUGGAGGAACAGUAGGAGAUCUUGAAUCAGGAGCAUACUACGAAGCUAUUCGUCAGUUUAUUCUUAAGAAAGGGGAAGAAAACUGAGCAUUAGGGUUUGUCAGCUACAUCCCUCGUAUUUCGGGUGGGGAACUGAAAUCAAAGCCAACACAACAUGGUGUGAAGGAACUAAGAAGUUUAGGACUUUCCCCAGAUUUCAUUGUGUGCAGAAGUGAGGUAGAGGUUCCACAUGAAUUGAAGCAAAAGAUAGCUUCUUUCACAAACGUUAAAGAAGACUGUGUGUACUCCGCUCACAAUGUUGAUGACAUUCUCUUUGUCCCAGAAUUACUCGAAAGUCAGGGAAUCGCUGAUGCUUUAUUGAGGAGAAUUAGAUUGGUCUCUCAAACAAAGAGGUCUGACAAAUGGGAUCAGCUAAUCACUCGUAUUAAGACUAUAAAGGAAAACUCCAAGGAUGCUGUGAAAAUAGCCAUGGCAGGAAAGUAUACUGGACUCCAGGACUCAUACCUCUCAGUUAUUAAAGCACUCGAAUUCGGAGCAAUUAAUGCGGGAAGGCAAUUGGAAAUUCUCUGGAUUGAUUCUAGCAAAUUGAAAAAUCCAGAGGACCCAGCAUGGGAAAACCUCAAAGAAGCUGAUGGAAUUCUUGUGCCAGGAGGUUUUGGAGGUAGAGGAACCGAAGGGAAAGAACUAGCAAUAAAAUAUGCCAGAGAAAACAACGUUCCCUUCCUUGGCAUCUGCCUUGGAAUGCAACUUGCUGUGUUAGAAUUUCUCAGAAAUGUAUGAGAAAUAAGUGAUAUUGGGCAUGAGGAGCUUCAUGAUAAUUGAGACAAGAAGGCUAUAGUUUUUAUGCCUGAAAUUUCCAAAACUAUGAAGGGAGGAACAAUGAGACUUGGUUCUAGACAUACUUAUAUUAAAGAUCCAGACUCAUUAGCUUCCAAGGUGUAUUAUGGAGCCAGCUCUGUAUACGAAAGACAUAGGCAUAGAUAUGAAGUGAAUAUCGAAUAUAGAAAGUUGGUUGAAGAGAAAGGCUUGGUAUUUAGUGGUGAAGACGGAAAUAAAGAAAGAAUGGAGAUAAUUGAGCUUGAAAAUCAUCCAUUCUUCUUUGGUACUCAGUUUCAUCCAGAGUUCACCUCAAGACCAUUCAAGCCAAAUCCUUGUUUCUACUCCUUCAUCUUAGCUGCUUCUGGACAGUUCGAUAAAAUCGGAGAGAGGUCAGACUUGGAAAUUGAAUACUCUUGCUAAUUCUUUAUGAUAAAUCUAGUCAAAAUACUAAGAAAUUUCAAUU